CGUCGAUAACAAUCACACAGCCAUAACAGGUUUCUAAAGUUUGGGGCUUUUCAGUUCGUGUUGGUUGGCCGCCCUGAAACGACCUUGUCUUUUUUUGUUCACUGGUGUGUAUGUUGUGAGCGUCACUUUGAAAGCGUCAGAAAGGGCAGGUCGAAGCGAAGGGUCCUUUUGUGAACUGGAAGGGCGAGUUUGGUUGUCGUAUUUGUUGAAAGAUUGCUGUGGAAGGUGGAUGAUAAUUUUCUUCAACUAACAGGUUCUUAAAAAUUUAUAAAGGAAAUGGGACCUUCACAAGAAAAUAAACAUAAAGCAUUAUACUCCAGUAUUACCUCAGAUGUGAUUUUUGAUCACAUCUCUUCCAAGUUGCUGCAACAGGAGAUCAUCAAUGGUGAAGAAUAUCAAAAAGUAAAAGCAAACAUUACAGAUUCGCAGCAAAUGUCUGCCUUAUUAGAUAUUCUCAAAGAGAAAAAUUCACAGUAUUUCAAAAAUUUUGUGAAAAUUCUUAAGGCAGACUACAAAUGGAUAGCUGAUGAAUUGGAUAAUAAUAGCAUUGAUUUUCUCAAAGUUAUAUCGAAACCAUCACCUUUUUCUAUAGGUGUAACUAAUGAGAUGAUGCAACUAGUCCAGAAGAAUCAUAGAGUUGCUGAUAAGUGGACCGUUCUAGCUCAUUCUCUUGGUUUAAGCCGACAUGUAAUGGAUAUAAGAAUUAGAGUUAACAUGUAUGGUGAAGCAAAUAGCAUGUGUAUUCUAUACCUUCUUCAAGAAUGGGUUGGUGCUGUUUCAAAAAAAGCAACUUUGGGUCAUCUUCUGAAGGUCUUACGUGAACAAGAUUUUAAUGAUAUUGCAGAUGUAUUGGAGGAAAAAUUCACUUGAAUUUUUGUCAGAAUUUUUAAGAGACUUUUGAUCUUGUAUGAAACUUACAUAAUUUCAUACAGAACUUUACAUAAUUUCUACUUUCACCAUUGAUGCAUCACAAAACAUUGCUUCUGCAAAUCUCAGGAUUUACUUUUCAUCUGAGAAAAUUUAAGCUGUGCAUCACAGUGGAUUUGAUAACUUUUUAAUAUCUUUCUUUUCUUAUGUAUUUUUACAUUAUUAUAUCCCAACUCCUAAUUGUUAUAUCAUUUAAUCUCUAUCACUGUCUUUCAUGUUAGAUAUUUACUACAUUUUGAUACAUAUCAUAUUGAGACAUAUCUGUAUUAAUGCACAUUCUUAUAGAAUCCUUACUUUAAAGUUAUAUUAUUUUGAUAUUUUAAAAAAGUUACAAUUCUAAACCAAUAGUUUCACACAGCUUCAUUAAUAUCUCAAGAUUUGGGAUAUGAGACUGAAGUAGAUUUUAAGGGCUGAUUAAGGCAGAUGACAUGACAUUUUUAAUUUGGAGAUGACUAAUUGGAGACAUGUUGUUAAUUGGAUUGUUAUUUAUUGUUUGGCAAUAUCCAUAUGUGAAAUAUUAAAGUAUUAUUAAAACGUUAUUAUAGUAUAGUAGAAAUAAAUUUAAAAUGACCAAAAUCUAUACAUGGCUUCUUUAUAUGAGAGACAAAGUUAUUAAAGCUAAAAUCUCUUGUAAUUAUCUUGUGUAUAAUAUAAGAAAAAAGCUGAAACAUGGUAUGAGUAGUAACAAACAUGACUCCCCAUUUAGAUAGAGUACAUUAUUUAAUAAUUAGAAAAGCUUUUGAAAUGUAUAUUAUGUUUUCUCAGUAUUACCUGCCUGAUAAAGAAAUUAUAUUAGUGUGUUUGCCAAUAUAAUUGAUCUCUACGUUUAUUUUUUUUACUGAAAAACAUUUUUUUUUUCAUUCAUUGUUUUCAGUAUUGAACUGUGUAGUUCUGAAUCUAUUUUGGGUGUGUUUUGAAAACCUAUUGCGAAAUAUGUUUUCAGUAAGAAUGCAUACUCUCAUUUAUUGGAAUCUUACGUUUGAGCUUUUUAUAUGUAUGUUAGUAAGAAAUACACAGAUUGUAAUGUUUACCUAUUUCAGCUGCUGAAUUGUUAAUUCUGUAGCGUGCUUGUGAACUUUUCUUUUUUUGUUUCAUUCUUAUCUUCAAUAUCAGUGAUACAAGUACAUUAUAAUAUUUCAAUAUGUACAUUCUGUAAUGCCUACAAAUGCUAAUUUAUUUUCUUCUGUUAGCUGUAAAUUAAAGUAUAUGAGAAUAAGGAAGUAAAUUUCUAGCAAAUACAUUAGAUAUUUGGUGCUAUUUUGUGAGAGUUGUGUUUAUUGCUCGACUUCAAUACAUUCUUUUUUUUGUAAAUUGUCUAUAUUUUCCAAAACAAGAAGAGUUCAUGAUUUUGAACACUCAACUUAUUUGUUGGAAAAACAUUAUGAAAUUAAUUAACUAGUGGUUGUUACAGAUUGGCACAGACUUUCUCAUACUUGUUAGUUGUCUUUGGUCUGGGCUAGCUUUUCGGACUUUCCACAUUCUCUAGUCAGCUGCCAUCUAGAGCUUCCCAAAGUCU